GGACGGGGCUGUGUUGAGAGUAAUGUUACCAGCGCUGAGAGUGUGAGGAGGCUGCGUAUCGAUCCCGCUCUCACAGCCAUUGCGGUGCACCGGGCUACACAGGGACCCAGGCAGCGCUGGGGCCGGGCGGGCGGCCGGGGUAGCGUCUCUGGGGCUCGGGGCCGAGCGAGGGCUGCUGUGCGGAUUCUGACACGGAAAAUCGUCAAAAAUGGGCAAAGGUGAUCCUAAGAAGCCGAGAGGUAAAAUGUCUUCAUACGCCUUCUUUGUGCAAACCUGCCGGGAGGAGCACAAGAAGAAACAUCCAGAUGCUUCAGUGAACUUUUCAGAGUUCUCAAAAAAAUGCUCAGAACGAUGGAAGACUAUGUCUUCUAAGGAGAAAGGGAAGUUUGAAGAUAUGGCAAAGGCUGACAAGCUUCGUUACGAAAAAGAAAUGAAAAACUAUGUACCGCCUAAGGGUGAAACAAAAAAGAAGUUCAAGGAUCCAAAUGCACCGAAGAGGCCUCCUUCGGCUUUUUUCUUAUUUUGCUCUGAGUUUCGUCCAAAAAUCAAAGGGGAACAUCCUGGUCUGUCCAUUGGGGAUGUCGCAAAGAAACUGGGAGAGAUGUGGAACAACACCGCUGCAGAUGAUAAACAGCCUUAUGAAAAAAAGGCUGCUAAACUGAAGGAGAAGUAUGAAAAGGAUAUUGCUGCAUACCGGGCCAAAGGGAAGGUUGAUGCAGGCAAAAAAGUAGUUGCCAAGGCUGAGAAGAGCAAGAAGAAGAAGGAGGAGGAGGAAGAUGAGGAUGAAGAUGAAGAGGAUGAAGAUGAUGAAGAGGAGGAAGAGGAGGAGGAUGAAGAUGAUGAUGAUGAUGAAUAAGUCUCUUUUAGAGAAAUUUCUUUCUGUCUAUAAAGCAUUUAACCCCCCUGUACACAACUCACUCCUUUUAAAGAAAAAAAAAUUGAAAUGUAAGGCUGUGUAAGAUUUGUUUUUAAACUGUACAGUGUCUCUUUUUUUGUAUAGUUAACACACUACCGAAUGUGUCUUUAGAUAGCCCUGUCCUUAGUGGUAUUUCAAUGGCCACUAACCUUGCCUGGUACAGUGUGGGGGUUGUAAAUUGGCAUGGGAGUUUUAAAGCAGGUUCUUGUUGGUGCACAGCACAAAUUAGUUAUAUAUUGGGGAUGUAGUUCAUUUUUCAUCUUCAGUUGUCUCUGAUGCAUCAUAAAAAUAAUUGUUGUUAUGUUAACUGAAUACCACUCUGUAAUUGCAAAAAGGAAAAAAAAAAAAGUUGCAGCUGUUUUGUUGACAUUCUGAAUGCUUCUAAGUAAAUACAAUUUUUUUUUUUAUUAGUAUUGUUGUCCUUUUAAUAGGUGCCCUUGAAAAAUCAUACUUUUUCUUUUCUCUCUCUUUUUUUUUUUUUUUUUUUUUUUUUUUUUUUUUUUUUUUUGAGGGGAACUCAUCUUUUGCUUUAUUGAAUGCCCGUAUGGGAUCACGGGAAUAUUACAGUUUUCAUCUUUCAUAUAACCAGCUGAUAAACAAAGCUUUGAUCUGCAUACCCUGCAUAAUCAUGAUAGGGUAAGAAAAGAAAUAUAUAGGCAUAUGAUGAAAGAAUAUUCUUCCGUAACUGGAAACAAAACAAAAAAUUCAAUCUCAACAAGCUGAUAUUUGUUCAGAUUUUUGUGAAAUGUAAUAUUCUAUUGAGUUGCAUGAGUUUACCAGUCUUGGAGAGUUGAGAAGUAUAGAGUUCAAUUUUACAGAAAUUAAAUACUUGGGGGGGGUGGGGUGGGGUCGGGGAGGGUGGGGAGGGGGAGAUGGGGGCAGGGAGGGAGGGAAUGUUAAAUUUUGUCCUAGAAGGACCCAUAGGAAGAGUGUAUGUCCAUCCGGUGUGGAGAAAUUUACAGGUGUGACUCCGUUACCAUGUAAUGGAAGUUGUAUUUGUAAAUCUCUGAACACUUGUGAGCGAUGAGCGUACCUAAAAUGUGUAAAGUUAAAAGCAUGAAUUUACCAUAUUAUUUUUUGGUGACAGGUCUGGUGAUGGCCACGGGCUUUAUACCAUGAAACUCUCCUGGUAGCAAAUGGCCCACGAGAAAUGAUUUUUCUUUCUAAGAUUUCUAUAAAUGGUACCAUUAUUAUUUGUUAAAUCUAUGUAAAUUCAUAUUUGUAUUCUUGAAAUUCUAGUUUUAGCCCUUUAAACAAAGUUGUAUAUUGUCUCAAAUUGAAAAUGAGAUAAGAUGUAUUUUUCCUGUUAGGUUUUAUACCGCACUCUUGAUGUUUGCCCAUUUUUAAGUUAAAUAUAGCUGUAUGGAAAAGUACAUUUUAUUAAAUUUUGCAUUAAAAAGUGAAAUGUUUAUGGUAUACCAACAAUGUCUAAUUUGGUCAAAUAUAGUUCUCUUCCAAAACCAAAGCUAAGGGGUUUUUUUGCAUAUUUAGUAAAACUUCAAGUGCUGGCAACUGUAACUAUUUUCACAUAUACCUGCUUACCAGUUUGGGGGACAAUUUGGCAAUUUUGUGGUUACAAAGUUAUGGUUCUCUUAAGUGCCAGUGUUUUAAAAAAAAAAAAAAAAAAAAAAAGCAUUCUUGUAAUUUUACACGCUUUUGUGAUGGAGUAUUGUUUUGUUAUACAAUUUUGACUUUCAGAUUCUUAUUUCAAUUUGCAUUUAUGUAUAACUUCAGGAGAAAUAUUGAACAUCUGAAUCCUGGAUGAUACUAAUAAACUAAUAAUUGCAGAGGUUUUAAA